AAAUAGCCUGCAGCUUGCUCACAAAGGAAUCAGCACCGCAAGGGGCCCGAGGUUUUAGCGGGUAUUUGUUGUACAUUGUAACCAUUGCGGUCCAUCGUAGCAGCAGCGAGUAACAAUUCAAAUGGCAUGAGUUUGGCGCAAGAAGAAGACGCGCCUGCUGCCCACUUUGACGCGCAUCAUAUCGCACCUGCCUGCAGGUCCCAAUGCGCCGCCGCCUAUCCAAUGAUUCGGUCGCAUUUGAGCCCAACCUUUGGACAAAAGAAGAAAAAAUAUCACAACAACAAAAACCAGCAGAAGUUCCAUACUCUCGGCGCGACAUAAGGCAACAACGCCCCGGCUAGACAAUCCCAAUGUCGCCGUGUUGUCACUAUGUCGUCCAGGCUCUCAAACCACCCAGAUAGACGCACCAAUGUAACCAACGAGACUGCCACAAAUGGCACCGCUGCUGGUGCCGCUGCUGGCUCCAGACCCCGCAUGACAUCUACGCAUAACCGCACUGCCACAAGAAGCGGCCACGACUCACCACAGUCAGGUUAUGAUAGCAAUUCUACCACCACAGCCCACAAGCGAUCGGCUUCGGGAAACCCCAGGUCUAGGAGCGCGACUGUCAAUGAGCGCAGAACUGAGAGGGUCACAACAAAGGAAAAGCUAGUGUCGCGCACCAAGAGCCCCGACAGACGGACGAGGGACACCGCGCCGCCAGAGAAAUGGAAGCCAAAGGAAACCGUGCGCCCACGCACCGCUGACGGGAAACAAAAGGAACCUGUCAUUGAGGCCCCGUCCAAACCAUGGGAUCCCGUCGCCGCGUUAUCACCACACACCUCGGCGCCCUUGGCCAACCGCAUCAUCAUACCUCCCCUGGCUUCUGAAAUGCCAGCGGCCCUGCAGCCAGAGCCCCUGCACGACAUGUCACUGGAGGCUCAGGAAGCUGCCAUCAUCGAGGAUCUGCUGUUUGUCUUCAUGGGAUAUGAGGGGCAGUAUAUCCGAUUCGCCUAUACGUACAAGCCAAGAGAGGAGCGGGACCAACUUACUGGUCCAUCUUACAAGACGUUGCCUGGUCUAGAUCCCAGCUUGGAGGACUUGACGCAGGGGAUGUUGAAGAUGGCCUCGCACUACUCCGCCCUUGAGUAUUUCGUCGAUGUCCAGAGUAGGGAGGAGUUCGGUGCUGUUAACCAUGCUCUCUGUGCAGCCAUUCGGAAAUUUCUGCAAGAGUAUCUGGUCAUGAUUGCACAACUCGAGACACAGUUUCUCACCAAUGAUACUUUCACCCUACACGUGCUCAAUAUUCACACAUUACCGACGAGCCAAAUGAUGUCACAGCUUUACUCGUUAGCGCAUGAGUUCUUAAAGCGCAAUGCUUUGUUGGAUGAAGAAAGCGAGGAGGACUCGGAUCCCGAUGAUAUCGACCAGAUCUUGGAGAAUCUUAAAAAGGGCGGCGACAUUGUGCCAGGGGGUAUUGUUAUUGGGCUCAUCACGAAGAGGUUGGAGACCAUGUCGGGAGAUCCGGCGGCGAGGACAUUGCUCACAUCUCUUCUUCGGGAUGCGACUCGGCCCUAUAUGUCCAUGUUGAAUGAAUGGCUCCAUCGCGGUGGUAUCAACGACCCCCAUUCCGAGUUUCUCGUCAAGGAGCAGAAGAGCAUCAAGAGAGAGAUUAUCGACAAAGAUUACACAGACGACUACUGGGAACGAAGAUACACGCUACGAGAACAAGACAUUCCACCGCAACUGCUAGGCGUCAAGGACAAGGUGCUCCUGGCUGGGAAGUACUUGAACGUGGUGCGGGAGUGUGGUGGUGUUGACGUUAGCAAAGUCGCCCAAGAUCUACCCACCAGUUUCGAUGAUCCUCGAUUCCUCGAUAAUGUCAAUAAUGCCUACGCGUAUGCGAACGAGUCGCUCAUGAGACUCCUCCUCACUACACAUUCCCUUCCAGCCCGACUUCAGUCCCUGAAACACUAUUUCUUCUUGGAUCCAUCCGACUAUUUUACUUAUUUCUUGGAGCUGGGAGCGUCCGAACUACGGAAGCCCGUCAAGUCCGUUAAUACCGUCAAGUUGCAAUCCCUUCUCGAUAUUGUUUUACGCCAGCCCGGGACAAUAGUGUCAAUGGAUGCUUUCAAGGAAGAUGUCUAUAUAGAAAUGAACGAGGUCAGCCUCAUCAAGAUGCUGCAGCGGGUUGUGAACAUCACCGGCAUGGAGCAAGGCGAGGCUCUCCAACCUCUGGGGAACCAACCAGUUGAAAAUGACAAGAACGCCAACGGUUUCACGUCACUCCAACUAAACUACAAUGUGCCAUUCCCCGUAUCAUUGGUUAUCAGCCGGAAGACGAUUUGGCGAUAUCAAGCGCUUUUUAGAUAUUUGCUUUCGCUCAGACAUCUGGAGUCGCAACUAUCGACCACGUGGCAUUCUCACAACAGGGGUAUUGUAUGGUGCCACAAGUCCUCUUCACGGAGUCUUGAGAUAUGGAAGCGGAGAGUGUGGACCUUGCGAGCUCGCAUGAUUGUUUUUGUUCAACAGCUACUCUACUUCUGCACGCUUGAGGUGAUCGAACCGAACUGGCAAGCUCUCAUGUCAAGGUUGAGAGCCAAAGAUGGAAGUAUUGACGGCUCCGGCAAGCCAGAUCGUACGGUCGACGAAUUGAUGCAGGACCAUGUGGAUUUUCUAGACACUUGCUUGAAGGGCUGCAUGCUUACCAAUGGCAAACUGAUCAGGAUACAUUCCAAACUCAUGCAAACCUGCACAAUCUUCGCCACUUAUACGAAUUGGCUCUCUCGAGAAUUGGAAAAGGCAGAUCCUGAUCUUAUCGGCAACAUCAAGCCUCCCAACAUGAGUAAUGAGCAGUGGAAGCAGUUCCAAAUUGCCAAGUCACAAAAGUCUUCGUCGUCCCACAAUGACAGCAUGUCUUCUAACAGCACGCUCCAUGACGAGGAGACCAAGAUCAACAACCUUUUUGAGAUAAUCAAGAAAUGGGAGACGAAUUUCAGCAGGCAUUUGCAGAUCUUGUUGGAUGCACUGAACCACUAUGCUGCCACAGAGACGGUGGUCCUGCUGAGCUUGUGCGCAAGACUUGCGACAGCGAACCAGGGGACAGAAUACGCGGGGUUGAGAAAUGAGGAGGACAUCGCAGCAUGAGUGUACGCAUGUGUACGGCGCAUUUCGUCAUACGGUGGGUGGUUGGCUAGUUAUGAUUAUGGCGUUCAGGCCGGAAAGCGAUACAGGGCUGCCAAAACUUACGAAGAUACCAUGAUUAAAUGCUAUUCAAACCUGUUUGAGAAGAG